GGAAUAAAAGCAGGGUAUGAAGACUCGAGCUGGGAAACUGCAGCAUUGUUUUGAUUUUCGAGACGGGCAUGAUUAGAAUUACUGGCUUUGUUCAUUAUAUAUUUUAUAAUUCUUUUGCAGAUGCCUCGAUGUGCGAUGGAUAAAAGCGCCCGGCUUUGGCAGGUUGAUGCAAUGAGUUUUUGAUUUUGCAUAUUUAUCCUUAUGGGAGUUCUUUGCGGAUUCUAGUGUGUUGAAUUAAAGCUCUGCGAGCUUCAGUAUUGUAAAAUAAUCAAUGGAUUGCAUAAGUUCCAUGCAGAAUAAGAGAAGACGUAGUGGAGAGUUUGAACAGUGGCACAAUCAGGCGAAAAGGCCGUGUAGUGGACUGGGCGGCCGUGGGCAUGUUGAGUAUGGUGUGGUGGUGGACACUCCAAUGGACACGUGGGAUGCCCCAAAUCACAGCCCUCAAAAUGGACACAGCGCCAGCGUCCCUGGCAUGCAGGUAUUACCUGCCCCGGGACGUGGCGCAGGACAGCAUUGCCCCAGGUGUAUGGCAGGUGAACCUGGCCAUAUAAACCACAUCAUGAGGUAUUGAUCAGCAUCACAGAUGACUCCUGGAGAAAAUGAAUCGACUGAAUAAACGGGGAAGGGAAAAGUGCUGCAGAGAAGCAGUCUGCAGUUUAUCCGCACCGUGUGGGUUUUUCCCACAUGCUUUGUGCCUUUCAUGCAUUUUCCAAAUCACCUCACCUAGUACUGUUUUAUCUACAGUAGUACUUUUUAUUGUUUUGUAGCAAUGAGGUUUACAAUACCAAGAACAUGCACUCCAGUGACAGAAAUAAUAAUGUAAACUGCAGUGAAGUGUGUUGACAUCUUUGCUCUGUACAUUCUCCAGUGUUGCUUGGUCUCGAUUUUUAAGAAGGAAUUACUGCUGUAGUCAGUGAAACUAAUGCAUAAAUAUUUUUUAGACUAUUUUUCUAAAAAUUUAAAUAAUGAAAGAAGACUCAUGAUUAAAUACAUGUUAAUUCAAGUGUAGAUUUUUUUUUCUUUAUGUUCAUGGUUCAACAUUUCAGUUUAAUUUCAUUUGGUUGUUAAAUGUUAAAAAAUGUAUGUCAGCUUCAUUUGAAAUGAAGGAUAUUUUUGUAGAUAUAUUGUCUCCAUUUUGUUUUAUCUCAUGGAUUUGUCUUUUCUUAUUUUGUUUUCCUUUAUUGUAGAAAAUAUUUCAAUGUAUUCAAUGGUUUAAUCAUUUUUUCCCCUUUUUAACCCAAUCCAUAUUUUUCAUUAAAGUCUAAUUUGAUUAAA